AUGAUCAUCAAAUCCAUUGGACGCGAGGUCGUGCAUGCCAAAGUCGGAAAAGACCUACAAGAUUUCGGUGUACACAAAAGCCUAAUAUGCCACUGCUCCCCAUUUUUUAAGGCUGCAUUUAAUUCUGGCUUCGAAGAAACGAUCACUGGCAUCAUCAAACUUGCAGAUGUCGAUGUUGGAGUUUUCGAGCUGUUUUUUCGAUGGCUAUACACGCAACAAAUCGGCGAGCCGGAACAAGAUGCAGUUAGAUUCGCUCUCUCGGAUGAUGAGUCAAAAUCGGGCCACGCCUAUGAACUUCAUGUUAGCACUCUGUUGCGACUCUACAUCUUUGCGGAUAUGAUCAAAGUACCGACUCUCAAAAAUGACUGCAUCGAGAAGCUCUCUCGUAUGAGCUCUUUCCAAAAGGAAUACCUAACUGAGUCCGAAAAUGUUCAAUAUGUUUGGGAGCAUACAAUAGAGGGGGAUUUGAUCCGCAAGCUUUUUAUCGAUACGAUCAUUUGGGACUUGGGGAUAACAUCAUUCCACAAGACUCUGGAUAAACUUCCUGAGAAAGUAAAGUUUGCCAUUAUUCUCGCCAUGAGAAGAGUUAUUGAUAAUGCUCGCGCGGAGAUAAAAGAGAUGGGAAAAAGCAGAAGAAAAUCCAAGACUCUCGCAUCUUUAGAUAGUCCUUUGGAAGAUCCAACAAAUUAUUAUGAGAAAGUCAGUGAAGAAGAUAACAAAGAUAGAGAUGAUUCAUCUAGAUCGAGGGCAGAGGUCUCCGAGAAAAUGUAUGAGGUUGAGGAAAUUUUGGACUCUAGAUGGGUGAAUGGCUUAGUCUGUUAUAAGGCUAAAUGGGUUGGACACAAGCAAGAUGAUCAAUAUUUUCCGGCCGAGAACUUUAGAGGUGCUCAGGAACUUGUCAAGGAAUUUCAUAGGAAGUACCCACACAAGCCUCAUCCAAGAAUGAUAUACCACUAG